CUUUGAUCUCGAUACCUAGAAGAUCUAGAAUCUAGUAGGAGGCAGAGAGUGGGACUGGACCAGAGCGUAGAGCUAGAGUGUUUAGUGGGGACUCUGGCUUGACGCUUUCGUAAUUAUAAGUUGCUUACCCAUAAAUUUAGUAGGCCUAAUAGUGUAGGCCCCUAGAAGAUCUUCUAAACAUCUAGAUUAGAUCUAGAUCUAGAAUCUAGACAGCUCUUUGGUGUUCAUCAUCCACGAAAACAAUGGCCGAGUCUCAGAAAACACUACUUGAAGAUACCACUACUUCAGCUCAACGUAGCGAGAAAUCAGACUCUGAUGCUUCCGAACCACAAGUAGAUCUACAAGACAAAACUGAAGAUGUGAGAAAGAACAGCGGUGUGUCUGAAAAGGCUCACCAUGGCAACCUGCCUUCUGAUGUUGUGGAACUCUGCAGGGAAACAUUUCAAAAGACUGCAGAAUAUCUGCAGGGAGAAUUAGAUGGUACCAUUGAAGACUACAAGCUUUUGGAAAAGAUGAACAGUGUGACAAUGAACAAGUAUUCUGAGAUGAAGCAUAUUGCCCUGAGCAUAAGCGGGGCAUUAAAAGAUUUAAAUGAAAAAUAUCAGAGAUUGCAUCCAUAUUUACAACAAAUUGAUCUAGUGGAAGAAAGUGUCACAGACUUGGAGCGUGCAGCAUACAGCCUGGAUCAGUACUCAAAACGCCUUGAAAUCAAAUUCAAAGUCCUUGAAAAAAGGUGAAAAGGUCCUGAAGUCUUAGUGACUGGUACUGUCUCAUUGUGGAACAGGACCAAAGGAUGUGUCUCCCACUGUGUGCAUAGAAUGAUGGAGCAUCAUUUAUGUGUUUUUUAUUUUGCUUUGAUUGCAAAAAGUUUCUGGACCAAAAUUUUUCUCUUUGAAAGUUGUUUUGUAUAUAUCUAUGUGCAAUGUAUAAAUAAAAAGCUAUAAAUGACCCA